CGCAGCCGCCAUCGCAGCCAUUGCGGCGCGGGACCUCUCCGGCGCCCGGGGCUGUCCGUCGCGCUGCCUGCGCCGGCCCUAGGCGGGUCCUCCAGACCAAGGACGCCGCCGCCGAGGGCGAGAUGCUGGAGGCCCCACCCCUGCUGUUGGCAGCCUUCUCAUUGGGCCUGGCGCUGCUGCUGGUGGUGCUCUGCGUGCGGCGCCCCAGGGGCUGGGGCAUGGCCCACAUCCUCUGGAACGAGCUGGUGCUGCAGCCCGCCUACAACCUGUUCAUGGGCGACACCAAGGAGCAGCGUAUCCUGCGCCAUGUGCUGCAGCAUGCGGUGGCCGGGGACCCGCAGAGCGUGCUCGAGGCCAUCGAUACCUACUGCUCGCAGAAGGAGUGGGCUAUGAACGUGGGUGACAAGAAAGGCCAGAUCUUGGAUGCAGUGGUACGGGAGCAGCGGCCAUCGGUGCUGCUGGAGCUGGGCGCCUACUGCGGCUACUCGGCCGUGCGCAUGGCCCGCCUGCUGGAGCCCGGGGCCCGCCUGCUCACCAUUGAGCUCAACCCCGCCUUCGCCGCCAUCACCCAGCAGAUGCUGGACUUUGCGGGCCUGCAGGACAGGGUCACCGUGGUGGUCGGGGCAUCCCAGGACUUCAUCCCCCAGCUGAAGAAAAAAUAUGACGUGGACACGGUAGACAUGGUCUUCCUCGACCACUGGAAGGACCGGUACCUGCCGGACACGCUCCUCCUGGAGGAGUGUGGCCUGCUAAGGAAGGGGACAGUGUUGCUGGCCGACAACGUCAUCUGCCCAGGCACACCGGAAUUCCUAGCAUACGUGCGUGGGAAUAGCCGCUUUGAGUGCACGCACUUCACCUCGUACCUGGAAUACGCAAAGACCGUGGAUGGCUUGGAGAAGGCGGUCUACUUGGGCCCGGGGAGCCCAACACAGCCUUGACCACCCGCCCUGCUCCAGCGUCCCUUGCCAAGCCUGGUUAUGAAGGACGCAAGGGCUGUGCUCCUACCAACCCGCUUUUGCAGUUCUGGGGUCAAGUGUAACACACUGGGGGGCUAUGAGCCCAAAGCCUGCCGGUCCUGGUCCCUCUACGUGGCGACUCUGGGCUGUCACCCCUGGUCUACCCCAAGUGCAGCCAGCUCACCAUUUAAAAUCACUGCAAUAAAUCUGUAAAGUAUAUUUGUAAAUACCAAAUCAGGACCCGUGAAGGUGUGUUUCUCACUCCCACCAGCAUUUCAAUCAGUGGGGUUUCUCACAUGGAUGGGUCUUCGGGCAUUGACAUAUGCAGUGGACGCUGGAAGUGGGAACGUUUGGAAACUGCUGGGCUGUGCACUCGCAGUCUGUCCUUGAGGCUUGCUGUCACCAAGUGGCAGCAAUGCCUCAGUGAUGGCACUGUGCCCAACAACUCACACCUACUUGUGAUUCCUGAGUUCUUUCACCUCCUUUUUAAGAAUGAAAUGCAACCUCUUUACUAAAAUCAGCUCACUAUUAAUAAUCCUGUACACCAGUAUCAUGUUUAAAAGAUGCUAAAAGAGAAAUUAAAAUUUUUAAUAUUUAA